CAGGGCGGGGGUGCACAGGCUUCCUGGAGUUUCAUACAGGAGUGUCUGCACAGAGGCUGGCAGCUGCGCUCUCGGGCACAGUGGGCAUCUUGUGGAGCGUAUGGUGAAGCUGUGAUUUUUUCAUAGUCUACCUCUGUGGCAGGCACGCGAAAGGCCUGCGCCUCUUUGUUGCGAAAAUGACCUCAGCUUAUCACCUCAGGAUACCUGUAUGGCUGGGGAUCUGUUUGGCCCAGGUGUUAUUGAUCACAUGCCAAGAUGUCAAGAUCGAGGAGACGAAAAACUGUAAAGAUGGUGAUCAGAAUUAUUUAGAAAAUGAGAUUUGGAAGCCAGAGCCGUGCAGACUGUGUGUAUGUGAUAAAGGCCAGGUGAUCUGUGAGGAGAUCCGCUGUGAGGAUCCGAAGGGAUGCGAAGAGCUCAUGAUCCCGGAGGGAGAGUGCUGCCCUGUCUGCCAAACCUUCGCCAGCGCGCGUGGAAGGAUCGAAACAAUUGCGUUUAAGGGCCAGAAAGGUGAACCUGGUGACGUUCCUUUUAUUGCGGGACUACCUGGACGCCCAGGAGCAAUGGGUCCCCCAGGAGCAGAUGGCCGACCUGGAUAUCCAGGAAGCAAAGGAAGACGAGGUGUCCCAGGUCCACCUGGUUUUGAUGGAGAGCCAGGUGUCCCAGGCAUGCCAGGUGAGCCCGGUCCUGUAGGCAAUUCACUGCCUGGGAGUCAGUUUUCUUCUCAAAUGGCCUCUGGAUUCCAGGAUGGGAAGCUUGGAAUGUCGGCGAUGGUCUCUGGAGCACCGGGUGAAACAGGACCAAGAGGUCAUCCAGGCCCACCAGGUCCACCAGGGCCAACAGGAGCACAAGGUGCGCCAGGAGAUGCGGGUGAUCCUGGACCUAUGGGCUCUUUUGGUCCAAGGGGACCAGAUGGUCCUCCUGGAAAACCUGGCCCAGAUGGUGAGCCUGGACCCCCCGGAAAUACAGGAGAAAAAGGAUUCCCUGGCUCUGCAGGCUCCAGAGGGUUUCCAGGAUUACCAGGCCAAUCUGGGAUGAAAGGUCAAAUGGGUCAUCCAGGUCUGCAGGGUGCGAAAGGAGAACCAGGUGCAGUGGGGUCAAAGGGAGAAUCAGGAACUCCUGGUGGCAUGGGACUUGUGGGUCCACAGGGCCCGACUGGCAUGCCUGGUGAGAGAGGACGCAUCGGUCCAACAGGGCCUGUGGGAAGGCGUGGUCUUUCAGGAAACGUGGGAAAACCAGGUCCAUUGGGCCCGAUGGGAAUUGCUGGAACCCCAGGAUUUCCUGGUGGCCCAGGCAUGAAGGGUGAAGCAGGAGCCACAGGUCCACGAGGUACCAGCGGACUCCAAGGCCCAAGAGGAGAACCGGGCCGGCAAGGUUCACCUGGACAGCAGGGCAACCAGGGACCAUCAGGAACAGACGGCACUCCUGGAGUUAAAGGACCACCAGGCAUCCCAGGUGUGCAAGGCCCUGUUGGACUGAAUGGACAGCCUGGCCCACCUGGACCUCAAGGAUCAACUGGACAUCCAGGGGCCAAGGGCCAAGUGGGUGACCUUGGCUCCCCUGGUUUUAAAGGAGAACCUGGAGCUAAAGGAGAACUUGGCCCACCUGGUGUUCAAGGAGAAAUGGGGCCAAUGGGAGAGGAAGGAAAGCGAGGCCCAAGAGGAGACGCAGGGGCCAUUGGACCCCCGGGCCCAGCUGGAGAAAGAGGAGCUCCAGGUAACCGCGGGUUCCCAGGAGCUGAUGGUUUGCCAGGUCAAAAGGGAGCACAGGGUGAACGUGGUGUCCCAGGCUCAUCGGGGCCUAAAGGUGCAACUGGAGACCCUGGCCGACCUGGGGAAACAGGAAUUACAGGGGCGAGGGGCUUAACUGGCAUUCUUGGAAUGCAAGGUGCAGAGGGGAAGAUAGGCCCACAGGGAGCACCAGGAGAUGAUGGGAAUCCAGGUACAGCAGGGUCUACGGGAACAAGAGGUGCAGCAGGACCCAUGGGUUUGCCUGGACCUAAAGGCUUCAGUGGUGAUCCAGGGAAAGCAGGAGAGGCAGGAUCACCAGGAGCUUCAGGACAAAGAGGACCUAAUGGAAAAGAUGGAGAAGAAGGUCCAGCGGGAACACCAGGACCUCUGGGAGUAGCAGGAAAGAGAGGAGAACAGGGACCUCCUGGACUAACUGGCUUCCAAGGUUUGCCUGGACCCCCAGGCCCACCAGGAGAGUCAGGAAAACCAGGGGAUGAGGGUAUCCAUGGAGAGGCUGGUGGUGCAGGGCAGACUGGUCCAAGGGGUGAACGUGGAACCCCAGGAGAGAGAGGUGAACCUGGUCCUAAUGGGUUACCAGGACAAAAAGGAAGCCCAGGAACCCCUGGACCUGACGGUCCCAAGGGUAAACCAGGUCCAGCUGGAACUGUUGGAGAACCAGGACCACCAGGCCUACAGGGCAUGCCAGGAGAGAGAGGAAUAACUGGACCAGCCGGACCUAAAGGAGAAAGUGGUGCAAUGGGUGACAGAGGGGCAGAAGGGGCGGCUGGCAAUGAUGGGGCUCGAGGAUUACCUGGUCCUGUUGGACCUGUUGGACCAGCUGGCCCACCUGGGGAGAAGGGAGAACAAGGCCCAAGAGGCCCUGCUGGAUCUCCAGGCUCUAGAGCAAUGGCUGGCUCACCUGGUGAGCCAGGUCCUACUGGUCCAGUUGGGUUCGCUGGACCUCCCGGUCCUGAUGGUCAGCCCGGAGUUAAAGGUGAAACUGGAGAGGAAGGUGCAAAGGGCGAGGCUGGAUCUCCAGGGCCUCGGGGAAUGGCAGGAAAACCUGGACCACAGGGAGUGGUUGGAAUUACGGGCCUCAAAGGUGGCAGAGGAACUCAAGGAGCAGCUGGUCCCAGUGGUUUCCCUGGAUCCCCAGGAGGUGUCGGCCCACCAGGCUCUGCUGGUCCAGUUGGUGAGCCUGGUCCUAUCGGAGCCCCAGGUAAAGAGGGCCCACCUGGGCUGGAACCUGGAGGUCAUGGCCGCCAGGGGGAGCGUGGAAACCCUGGACCUGCUGGUAGCCCUGGAGACAAAGGUGAACCAGGAGAGGACGGACUGCCAUGCCCAGAUGGGCCACCAGGACCUGCUGGAACUCCAGGACAGAGGGGACUUGUAGGUCUACCUGGAAUGAGAGGAGAGCGUGGUAUGGCUGGCCUUCCUGGACCUGCGGGUCAACCAGGAAAAGCUGGCACCCCAGGUCCUCAAGGAACCAAAGGUGGUGCUGGACCAGUUGGUUUGCCAGGGGCAGCUGGACCCAGAGGAGAGAUGCUGGCCCAGAGGGUUUGGCUGGAGCUGAUGGAAUUCAAGGAGCUGAUGGCAUCAUUGGACCCAGAGGUGACAGAGGAGUCCCAGGACCAGAGGGUCUUGCAGGUGGUCAGGGAGCACCAGGAACCCCAGGACCUGUUGGAACACCUGGAGAUCCAGGACAGAGAGGAGAUCAGGUUUAUUUCCCGUUUCAAUCGCAGAUAUUUCACAGGUGCAAGAGGUCCACCUGGUCCUGAUGGUCAAGCAGGAACCAGAGGGAAAAAAGGGCCACAAGGACCAAUGGGAGAUAAAGGUGAUAAAGGAGAUGCGGGUGAGAGAGGUCAGAAGGGCCAUCGUGGCUUCACUGGACUCCAUGGGCUUCCUGGAAGUUCAGGUGCUCCAGGGGAUGAUGGUCCUAUAGGAAUCAUCGGACCAAGUGGUCAAAGAGGACCCCCUGGCCUGUUUGGUCCAGCAGGAAAAGAAGGAGAUAUGGGUUCACCUGGAGCAGUGGGGGCUCCUGGAUCUCGAGGUGCCCCUGGUGAUAUUGGACCUGAGGGACCACCUGGAGAACCCGGCCCAGCUGGACCCCCAGGUCCUGGCCCCCCUACAGCUGCUGUGGAUGACCUUUUUGGAACAAACUUCGACCUUGUUGAAUUCGAGCCAGAGGAACCUCAACCACCCCCAGAGUUCAACGAGGAUGAGGCAAGACCCAAUAACGGAUCUGAUGCGGUUCGGGUCGACAGUGAGGUUCACUUGUCUCUGAAGAGCUUGGGAAGUCAGCUGGACAGCAUGCGCAGUCCUGAUGGCACUCGCCAAUAUCCUGCCCGCACGUGUCAGGACCUGAAGCAGUGCUAUCCUCUGAAGAAGAGCGGUGAAUACUGGAUAGACCCAAAUGAGGGCAGCCCUAGAGAUGCCAUCCAAGUGUACUGUAACAUGGAAAUGGGGGAGACAUGUAUACCUGCCAACCCUGCCAGCAUCCCACGAAAGAACUGGUGGACUUCACACUCCAGCAUACCAAAACCAGUCUGGUUUGGGACAAUCAUAAACCGGGGAACUAAGUUCACCUAUGGAAACAAAGAGACACCAGCUAACGCUGUAAUCCGUCCAGUGAGAUUUCUCCGUCUGCUAUCAAAGGAAGCAGCACAGACCGUCACCUAUCACUGCAAAAACAGUGUGGCCUAUAAAGAUGAGAAGAACAGCAAUCUGAAGAAGGCUUUAGUCCUAAAGUCUUCUGAUGGACAGGACAUCACUGCUUAUAGCAACAACCGUCUGGAGUACACAGUCUCAGAGGAUGGCUGCUCUAAACCCAACGGUGAAUGGGGCAAGACCGUCUUUGAGUUCCGCACACACAAAACCUUCACGGCUGCCAUUGUGGACUUGGCUCCAGUGGACGUAGGUGGCAAAGAUCAGGAGUUUGGCAUUGAUAUCGGCCAUACCUCUAUUGAUUUACCAUGA